AGUAAUAGUAGAAAGAAAGAAUCGUAAGUAGUAAAUUAAAAAAAUGUUAAACUAAUACUUUAAUAUGAAUUGGAUUCAAUUUUAAUGUAUCAUGAUUGGAAUUGUUCAUCAUUUCUUCAAUGAACAAAUAGAAGUUAAUGAAUAGUAUAAAACAAUAAAACAUUACUCAGUUUUACCGAUAUUUUAGUCGUCUGCUAUCUUAUGAAAGAAAGCUUUAUCUUUAUUGAACAAUUGAUUAUAUGUCUUAUUCUUUUAGUAUAAAAAGUAACUUUAAAUUAUGUGUCACUGAAUAGUAAUCAAUGUCAUGCUCGAUAAAACAAGUACAAUAUCUAAUGUCAGAUAAUUGGAAACAGUCAGUCGGAAAUCAAAGACGUUAUCCUUCAGGACAAAGAAGACUUAAAACUGUUUACUUCAAAGUGGUCAAUUUGUGUCAAUAUUUAGGUUUGACAGAAUGUUGAUUGCAGCCUGUAUUUCCUGAUGAAAAUAUUGAUUCAUUUUCAUUAAGGCUGGAGAUACGAUUUAUUAACUAUCACGAACUAGCUAAAAAAUUAGAUAUUAGUUACUUAUCAUUAAUUGAAUAACACUGCAUAUAUCAAGGUUAUAUAAAUCAGAAAACAUAAUUCAUUCCAGUAUUAUUCACUGACUAUUUACUUCAAACAAAAAAUACCCAACGAAAUAUCUAUAUUUGACAAAUGCAUUUAAUUCAUCUUUCAUGUACACAACCUUCCAGAGUAUAUAAUUAUAUUUAUACUCGAAUAUCUACGCAUAUUUUGCAGAAACAACAUCUGUAUGAUCAAGGGUUCGUAGUUUAAUUGGCAAACUAUUGAUUCAUUAAAAUAUAUGAUGAAGAUGAAAAAAAAUUGAAGUUAGUCCAAGCAAAAGCUGCUUGGAUAAAAUCUAUCAGUAAUCUUAUACGUUUAAGUUUUGGAUUAGCAACAGUUCUUAUUAUUGGAUAUAUAUCAGAUCGUUUCGGUCGUAAAAUUGCCUUAGGCAUAUUGAUUUUUGGUGAAGCAGUAUAUAUUGGCCUUAUGGGUUUUAUCGUCUAUUUAAAUUUGAAUCCAUGGACAGUUGUUUUUCCCGGUUUAUUUGAAGGAAUUUUUGGCGGUGGUCUUGUAUCAUUCACUGCUCAAAUAUCUGCAUGUUUAGCUGAUAUCACUGUACAACCGGAAGAUUCUAAUGAAAAUUCCAAUACCUCAAGUUUAAAUCAACAAUAUACGUCUAAAGAGCACAGGUGGUUGUUUUUUACAAUGUAUGAUAGUUUGGCAGGUUUAAGUCAUGCUUGUGGUAGUCUAAUUGGAGGUAUACUAGUACACCGCUUGGGAUUCGGUCUCUCUGUUACUAUAUGCAUUGGAUUAUAUACUACCUCAGUAGUUGGAUUAUCAAUUCUUCCUGAGACUAAUCCAGAUGUAUUAAGGAGAAGACGUAAUCCACAAAAUAAUGCUAUCUGUCAAUAUAGUGAAUCUAGAUAUGCUGAAGAUGGUCUACUUUACUUAGAAAUUAAAACAAGUGGAUUUAUCAUUAAAAUAAUGAGAAUAUUUAUAAAAAUGCUCAAGGCGAUUCGACAUUCUAGUCCUUUAUCGAGAAUAGUAAUGACAUUGCUUUUUUCCGUAUCUGUGACAGUUGUAGGAGAUCUGCAGUAUAUCCACAUAUAUUUAAUGGGUUGUCCAUUUUUUUGGAAUGCACAAACAGUCGGAUUAUAUGCAGGUAUAUCUGAUGCUUUGUCAGCAUGUUUGUCCAUCACAUUCAUUGUGGCAAUUUACAAUUGGGAACAAACUCGUAUAUUACAAUUAUGCAGCAUGGGUGAUACAAAAGAAUAUGUUGCGGAAUAUAAUUCCAUGGAAAUUACAUCAAAAGAAAUACGAAUACUAUUUAUGAUUACAACUGUGAUAUUCAUAGGAUUCGGAUUUAUGUUAAUCAACAGAAUAUUGAUGGGUAUUGCAUUCUUAUUCACUUUACCUACUGCUAAUUACAUUGUUUAUGGAGCAUCAGCUGUAAGAUUGGUGAAAAAUACACUUGUUGCACCAAUUCGAACUAUGAUCUCGAUAAUAACACCAAAUGAUAAACAAGGUUUCAUGCUAUCUCUUGGAACAUUUAUUUCACUUAUGGGAUUUCUGAUCAAUCUAACAGUCUUCCCACUUAUUUAUGCCGGGACUGUACACGCUUUUCCUGGUGCUGUUUUCUUUAUGUGCGGCUUACUCAUAUCGAUUACUAUCGGUUUCGGAGUAUGCGCGAUAGACGAAGGUUUAUUAUAUGACGUAAAAGAUGGGAAAUUUGAAUUGAUCGCAAGCAAUGAAUCAGAUAAACUUUUACUUAAGGAAGGGCAACGUAGAGCUGCUUGGAUCGGUGCAUGCAAUCAUUCAGUGAGAUUAUUAUUUGGUUUAUUGACAACAAUGAUAAUUGGUUACAUAUCUGACCAUUUUGGCCGUCGUUUGUCAUUAGGUAUCAUGAUCAUCGGAGAAGCAUUACAAAUAAUCACACUGAGUGUGGUUGUUCUACUCCAAGCUAACCCAUGGUUAACAAUUAUCCCUGGUUUAUUCGAUGGAUUUAUAGGAGGUGGUUUGUUAUCGAUCCAAGCACAAGUUUCAGCAUCAUUAACGGAUUUAGUGUGUAAAGAAUCAAUAGAUAAUAAUGAUGUAACAAAUAGUCAAUUAACUAAUCAAAAUAAUUUAUGGACUUUAUUCACUUGGUUCGAUGGACUUGCUUUAAUUAGUUUAUCACUUUCAAAUCCUAUAGGAGGUACCCUUCUUUAUCGAGGCGGUUUUCAACUACCAGUUAUCAUCUGUAACAUUUUGGUUGGGAUUAGUUUAUUGAUAAUAUUUUUUCUACCUGAAUCGAACAUAGUAUUUCGUCCGAAAUGUUUAAAUAUAGGCACUUUAAAUAAUGAUCAAGAUUGUAAAAACGAGAGUAGUAAUAUAGAGAUUGUUUUUGUACGCAGCAGGAAUUUAUCAUUUUGGGAAGUGAAUUGUCAAAAUAUUCAAAACAGUUUCAAGAUCCUAAGUGGAAAAUAUAAACAACACAUCCUAACUGGAUUUAUUGUAUUUUUGUUAUCUACUGUUACAUCAACGGAUUUGUAUAUUAUAUACAUAUAUCUGAUGGGAUAUCCAUUUUUAUGGAAUUCACAGGAUGUUGGAAUUUAUUCUGGUGUAACUGAUAUAGUUUCUGCAAUCAUCGCACUUAUUUUCACACUUUUAAUGGCUCGAAUCAUACAUAGACCAAUAUCAAAAUCAAGUCAUUCAAUCUCUCAGAAUAUAUCUGAUACAAAUGAUAAUUAUAAACAAUUUAAUGAAGUUAAAUGUCAAUCUGUCAAUUUCCUUUUAAAAAUAUUAAUUUUCAGUAUUUUCAUGAUGUUUAUGAACCGAACUAUACUUGGUAUAUCGUAUCUGUUUAAUACAUUUACAGCUAAUACUUUAGUUUAUAUCGCUACCAUACCAAGAUUUGCUAAAGGGUUGAAUAAUCCAAUACUAAGAACCCUUAUAUCCAUGUGGACUGACCAAUCAAAGCAGGGUAUGAUACAUUCAUUUGUGGCGUUUGUAUCACGAUUGGGCGUACUUACUUGUUUUUCUGUAUUAAUUUCAAUCUAUUCUUCAACAACUCAUCUAUUCCCGGGUGCAGUAUUCUUGGUCUGUUCCAGUUUGAUAAUUAUUGCACUGAUAACAACUGGAUUUUUAUAUGGAUUGACCAAUAAAAAUAUGAAUAUCAGUCAGAUGGAAAACACUUCAGAGAAUAUAUAUAAUGAACAAACCAAAAUUUCAAAUUAGUGUAUUAGAAUUAUAUUUUUUAACAUUUCAAUAGACUCUACCUGUUAUAUACAAGCGAAGAAUAAAUCACGAGUAACUUCUGAGACAUCUUAAUUGACUAAUAUUAUCUAUACAUUCUUAUGGUAUAACUAUUCAAUAAUUAGAUUAUGUAUAUUUAUAUUUCCCUUACUAUAAGCUUGAUUUUGAUCUAUAAUUUAUUAUUGUAUGAUUUACUGUUCUUAAGCUAUGUUCAGUUUAUCGACUACUGCCUCCCACGUUCACAGUGACUUUUUGGCUUUAUUGUAUACAAAUGUUAUUUCCUAUUUUAUGGUGUGUUGCAGUCUGUUUGUUUGAUAUAUAAACCCAGUAUGUCUGAAAUAAAUGAUUCGAUCCG